CGGUCGGCGCGGGACGGGGCCCCGAAGAGCCCGAGGCUUUUUUUUUCCCCCGCGGUGGGGGCGUUGCCAUGGAGACGCGGGAGGCAGAAAACACGGCCAUCUUCAUGUGUAAAUGCUGUAACCUGUUCUCACCCAGUCAGUCGGAGCUCCUCUCCCACGUGUCUGAGAAGCACAGGGAAGAAGGGGUUAAUGUUGAAGACAUCAUCAUCCCACUGAGGCCUUUGAGUUCUCCGGAGCCGCCCACCCCAGGCAAGCCCGGACAUGAGUUUCUGGUCAUGAAGAGGAAGAGGGGUCGGCCCAAGGGCUCCACGAAGAAGCCCAGCACGGAAGAGGAGCUGGUGGAAAGUGUCGUGAGCUCCAAUGAGGCUGGGGCAGGAACCACCGAGGAAGGCAGCACCCCGGCCCCCAGCAGCCUGGAGUGCAGCAAGUGCAGCCGCAAGUUCUCCAACGCGCGCCAGCUGCGCAAGCACAUCUGCAUCAUUGUGCUGAACCUGGGCGAGGAGGAGGGCGAGGCAGGUAACGAGUCGGACGUGGAGCUGGAAAGGAAGUAUAAGGAAGAUGAUCGAGACAAGGCCCCGAGGAGAACCCGGGCACAGAAGGCAGAGAAAGUGCAAAAGCUGUCGGGAAAGGAGGCCGGGCAGCCUUCCGGAGCCAAGAAGCCCAUCAUCAGUGUGGUUUUAACUGCCCACGAAGCCAUUCCAGGUGCCACCAAGAUUGUUCCUGUGGAGGCCGGCCCCCCCGAGACAGGCGCUGCACAGCCCGAGACCGCGGCGGCUGACCUGGUGCCUCGGAGAGGGUACCAGGAGUACGCCAUCCAGCAGACGCCGUAUGAGCAGCCCAUGAAGUCGAGCAGGCUAGGUCCCACCCAGCUCAAAAUCUUCACGUGUGAAUACUGCAACAAGGUCUUCAAGUUCAAGCACUCGCUCCAGGCCCACCUGCGCAUCCACACCAACGAGAAGCCGUAUAAGUGCUCCCAGUGCAGCUAUGCCAGCGCCAUCAAGGCCAACCUCAACGUGCACCUGCGCAAGCACACAGGGGAGAAGUUUGCCUGUGACUACUGCCCCUUCACCUGCCUGAGCAAGGGCCACCUCAAGGUGCACAUCGAGCGCGUGCAUGAGAAGAUCAAGCAGCACUGCCGCUUCUGCAAGAAGAAGUACUCCGACGUCAAGAACCUCAUCAAGCACAUCCGGGACACCCACGACCCGCAGGACAAGAAGGUCCAGGAGGCCCUGGACGAGCUGCGCCUCAUGACCAGGGAAGGCAAGCGGCAGCUGCUCUAUGACUGCCACAUCUGCGAGCGCAAGUUCAAGAAUGAGCUGGACCGCGACCGCCAUAUGCUGGUGCAUGGCGACAAAUGGCCUUAUGCCUGCGAACUGUGUGGCCAUGGGGCCACCAAGUACCAGGCACUGGAGCUGCACGUCCGGAAACACCCCUUCGUCUACGUCUGCUCCAUCUGCCUUAAGAAGUUUGUCAGUUCCAUCAGGCUGCGCUCCCACAUCCGGGAGAUGCACGACUCCGCGCAGGAGAGCCAGGUGUUCACCAGCUCCAUCAACCAGAGCUUCUGCCUGCUGGAGCCGGGUGGCGACAUCCAGCAGGAAGCCCUGGGGGACCAGCUACAGCUGGCGGAGGCGGAGCUGGUGUUCCCUGGGGCGAGUGUGCUCAAGGAGAAGGACUGCUCCCAGGAGGCCCAGCCCAGGGGCACGCAGGUGGACCUGGAGGCCCCCCUGAAAACACCAACCCCUGCCAUGCACCUGGUCACCCCUGAGGCCGAAGGUGCCACAGCCUUGCCACCCUGUGAACUGGAGACCACCGUGGUCUCGUCGGAUCUGCACGCUCUGGCAGUGGUUUCUGAUGGUUGCUUGUUGAAAAAUGCUGCCUCUCCCAUGGAGGCUCACGUUGCUCAUGAGACCACCCCGGACCCCCAGCACAGGGCCUCAGGCCAGACUCAGGACAAAGAGAUGGCACUGCUGCUGACCCAGGCUGAAAGCGCCGGGCCUGAGCAGGACGCACUGAGUGGUGAGAACCCCGCACAUGAAGGGCAGACCAUGGCCACCCUUGGUGCCAGUGAACCAGAACCGAGCCUGUGUCUGAGGCAAACCCCGGCAGAGGCCUCGGAUGCCCUGUCCCUGCGGGCUGGGAGUGGGGACACACCCGAGUGCCAGCCCGACUCUUGCAAACCCGCCUCUGAGCACCGACCUGGCAUCACUGCGUUCAUGAAGGUCCUGGACAGUUUGCAGAAGAAACAAAUGAACACUGGUUUGUGCGAGAGGAUCCGGAAGGUGUACGGAGACCUGGAGUGUGAAUACUGUGGCAAACUUUUCUGGUACCAGGUGCAUUUUGACAUGCAUGUGCGCACCCACACCCGGGAACAUCUGUAUUACUGCUCCCAGUGUCACUACUCCUCCAUCACCAAAAACUGCCUUAAACGCCAUGUAAUUCAGAAACACAGUAACAUCUUGCUGAAGUGCCCCACUGACGGCUGUGACUACUCGACUCCAGAUAAAUAUAAGCUGCAGGCACAUCUUAAAGUUCAUACAGAGCUGGACAAAAGGAGUUAUUCUUGCCCUGUGUGUGAAAAGUCGUUUUCAGAAGAUCGUUUGAUAAAGUCACACAUCAAGACCAAUCAUCCUGAGGUCUCCAUGAGCACCAUUUCUGAGGUUCUCGGGAGGAGGGUGCAACUGAAAGGGCUGAUUGGAAAGAGAGCCAUGAAGUGCCCGUACUGCGAUUUCUACUUCAUGAAGAAUGGCUCAGACCUUCAGCGCCACAUCUGGGCCCACGAAGGUGUGAAGCCUUUCAAAUGCUCCUUGUGUGAAUACGCGACUCGCAGCAAGAGCAACCUCAAGGCUCACAUGAAUCGUCACAGCACCGAGAAGACCCACCUCUGUGACAUGUGUGGCAAGAAAUUCAAGUCAAAAGGGACGCUGAAGAGUCACAAGCUCCUGCAUACCGCUGAUGGGAAGCAGUUUAAGUGUACUGUGUGUGACUACACGGCAGCCCAGAAGCCCCAGCUGCUGCGGCACAUGGAACAGCAUGCCUCCUUCAAGCCGUUCCGCUGUGCCCACUGCCAUUACUCCUGCAACAUCUCUGGCUCCUUGAAGCGGCACUACAACAGGAAGCACCCCAACGAGGAGUAUGCCAACGCGGGCAGCGGGGAGCUGGCGGCCGAGGCACUCAUCCAGCAAGGUGGUUUGAAAUGCCCUGUUUGCAGCUUUGUGUAUGGCACCAAGUGGGAAUUCAACAGGCACUUGAAGAACAAACAUGGCUUGAAGGUGGUGGAAAUUGAUGGAGACUCCAAGUGGGAGCCUGCAGCAGACACUCCUGAGGAGCCCUCCACCCAGUAUCUCCACAUCACAGAGGCUGAAGAAGACGUGCAGGGGACGCAGGCAGCGGUGGCUGCUCUUCAGGACCUGAGAUACACCUCCGAGAGUGGUGACCGACUUGACCCUACGGCUGUCAACAUCCUCCAGCAGAUCAUUGAGCUGGGCACCGAGACCCACGACGCCACCGCCGUCGCCUCUGUGGUCGCCAUGGCUCCCGGGACAGUGACUGUGGUGAAGCAGGUCACCGAUGAGGAGCCCAGCUCCAACCACACCGUCAUGAUCCAGGAGACCCUCCAGCAAGCCUCCGUGGAGCUGGCUGAGCAGCACCAUCUGGUGGUGUCCUCCGACGACGUGGAGGGCAUCGAGACGGUGACCGUGUACACGCAGGGCGGCGAGGCCUCGGAGUUCAUUGUCUACGUGCAGGAGGCCGUGCAGCCCCUGGAGCAGCCGGCGCAGGAGCUGUAGAGGACAGCAGCAUUGCACGGCCACGGCUGUGGGAGCCUGGGAGACCACCUGCCCGCCUGGCUCCCAGAGUGGCACGCUCUCCCUGCCCUUCCUGCCUAGCAGCCGAGAUGGGACUCUGCUGAUCCUUCUUUGGGUGGGCAGGGCCAUGGGCAUCACCAGCAACCCUGGCUCCCUGUCCCCAGCCCACAAGUAUGCCCUUGUCCCGUAGUGUCUGCCUCUGGACAGGCUUAUGUCGCCUCCCCCAUGUGCCCUGCCCAUGCUGGCUUUCCCUGCUUUGGGACCCAGAACAGAGACUCCCCGUCUGUUCCUUGAGCCACAUCCCCAACUCCGUGACCCCCAGCCAGGGGCCCAGACCUCAUCAGGGACCGCUAUGCAGUACGGUGAGGAGGAGAAGCCAUGACCAAGGAAGUGACCUUACAGUGGGAGAAUCACCACUGGGUGGGGGAGGGUGGGGUUGGCCCAGGCUCUGUGGACACAGUCGCUCCAGCUCGGGGUCCUGGGCCAUCAACACAUGAAGUUAUCACAGCCUGGCUCCUAUUCCAGGGUCUUAUCUUGCCAUCUCAGAAUUCUUUCAAGAAAAAUGCACUUUUCACUUCUAACCUCCCAUUCUAAGGAGGCGAAGUGGAUGAAAUAAAAGCCUUUGCUGCCC